AUGUCCACCGUCCAGCCGACCAACAGCCCGAAAGACGGACCGUCAGAGAAGACGGGAGACGAACUGACAGAUAAAGAAACGAACGAUGCCAUGCUGUCGGAUGAUGUCUCGUGGAUCCGUUUUUUGGUCGGCACGGUGCUCACCGCGAUCAUCGUUACGGCAAUCUCCGGUAACGUCCUCGUUUGCUGGGCUAUAUGCGCCGACCGACGUCUUCGCAAACUCGGGAACUUGUUUAUUGUAUCCUUGGCGGUGGCGGACCUCCUCGUGUCCGGAAUCGUGAUGCCUUUCGCACUCGCCAACGACCUCAUGGGAUAUUGGGCGUUCGGCCCGCAGUUUUGCGAUACCUUCAUUGCAAUGGAUGUCAUGUGUUCGACGGCGUCCAUCCUCAACUUGUGUGCCAUCAGUCUCGACCGUUUCAUCCACAUCAAGGAUCCACUACGCUACUGCAGAUGGAUGAGCAAAAGAGUCGUGCUUGCGGUCAUCGCGGCGAUGUGGAUGUUGUCGGGUCUAGUUUCAUUUGUUCCGAUCUCGUUAGGAUGGCAUCAUCAAUCAGAAGGACUCGAAGAUGAGAGCGGUUUCGGCGCCAGCAGCAGCGGUCCGCCGAACAUUGGAGUUCAUCUGCCUGAAUGCGCACUUGAUCUCACGAAAGAAUACGCUGUUUUGUCGUCGUCUAUCUCGUUCUAUAUUCCCUGCAUGGUGAUGAUCGCCCUCUACUGCCGGCUGUACUUUUACGCACGCAAGCACGUUAAAAGCAUUCGAGCCUUGAAUAAGCCGCUCAACGGCGGUCCUGUGCAACAUCAGGCCCACGAUCAUAAAGCCGCAGUCACCUUGGGGAUCAUCGUCGGUGUGUUCCUGUUCUGCUGGGUGCCAUUUUUUGCCGUGAAUAUAGCGGCGCCGUUCUGCAGGGGGUGCAUCCCCGACGUCGUGUUCAAAGUGCUCACCUGGCUGGGUUACUUCAAUUCGGCCCUAAACCCCAUCAUAUACAGCAUUUUCAAUACUGAAUUCCGGGACGCUUUCCGGAAGAUCAUCACAACACACUUGCUCGUGUUCUCCUCUUGCUCGCGACGUGACCGGCCGGAAGCGCCAAACCGAAAUUCUCAGCAGAACAACAAUUCCUGCAAUUACGUGCCGGCCAACUGCAGCUUGCUCCUACCGACUACAACCCUACAGGAAGGCGCCGCGGUCAAAUCGCCCCUCGUCGAAACCUGUCAGGUCUCGGCGAUCUAG